AUGGCCACCGAGGGCAAUGUUCCCUUUACUCCCGACUAUGCCUCGUACAACUGGACGGGAGCCCCGUCAGACUACUCUGCCCUUGCUACAAACGAGCUGGGCGGAAAUUCAAGGGUGGAAAACUUGAACAAAUGGUAUCAGGCUGGUGAUCAAGCCUACAUUAUUGUCGCGUCCGCUAUGGUCAUGCUCAUGAUCCCCGGCCUCGGUUUCCUCUACUCCGGUCUCGCUCGCCGCAAAUCUGCCCUUAGUAUGAUCUGGGCCUGUAUGGGUUCCUUUUGUGUCGUUACCUUUCAAUGGUACUUCUGGGGUUACUCAUUGGCCUUCUCUCCAACCGCCACCAACGGAUACAUUGGAAAUCUGCGCAACUUUGGUUUAAUGAAGGUUUUGGCCGAUCCCAGCCCUGGGUCGCCUCUGGUUCCCAACCUUCUUUACGCCUUCUAUCAGAUGCAAUUCUGCGGAGUUACAGCGGCUAUUAUUAUGGGAGCAGUUGCCGAGCGUGGCCGUUUGCUUCCCGCCAUGGUCUUCGUCUUCGUCUGGGCUACGAUUGUUUACUGCCCUAUCGCCUGCUGGACGUGGAACGUUAAUGGUUGGGCCUUCAACUAUGGUGUGCUGGAUUACGCUGGUGGUGGUCCCGUCGAAAUCUGUUCCGGUCUAUCGGCCCUCGCCUACUCGAUGGUUCUCGGUCGUCGCCAGGAACGCAUGAUGCUCAACUUCCGCCCGCACAACGUCUCUCUCAUUCUGCUAGGAACCGUCUUCCUUUGGUUUGGAUGGCUCGGGUUCAACGGCGGCUCGUCCUUCGGUGCUAACUUGCGCGCCACUAUGGCAUGCUGGAACUCCAACUUGACUGCUGCCUUCGCGGCGAUUACAUGGGUGGUUUUGGAUUGGCGCUUGGCUCGCAAAUGGUCAAUGGUUGGUUGGUGUUCGGGUACCAUCUCUGGCCUUGUGGCUGCGACUCCUGCUUCCGGUUUCCUUCCUCCUUGGGCCAGUGUUAUUCUCGGCAUUGUUACUGGCAUCGUUUGUAACUAUGCAACCAAGGUGAAAUACUGGAUCCGCAUUGAUGACUCUAUGGAUGUGUUCGCUGAGCACGGUGUCGCCGGUAUCGUCGGUCUUAUCUUCAACGCUUUCUUCGCCGAUGACGCUAUUGUUGGUCUGGACGGAGUCAACACCGGUUCCGAAAUGGGUGGUUGGGUCAUCCAUAACUGGAAGCAGCUCUACAUCCAAAUUGCCUUCAUUGUUGCUGCAUCCGCCUAUUGUUUUGUCGUGUCCGCCAUCAUUGCCUAUGCGAUCAAUGCCAUCCCCGGCCUGAAACUCCGCGCCUCAGAAGAAGCCGAACUCCUCGGUAUGGAUGACGACCAGCUCGGCGAAUUCGCAUAUGACUAUGUCGAGGUUCGUCGUGACUACCUCGCCUGGACUCCCCAACAACACGACCAACAUGCAGACGGCCACGAGGUCCCUGCGGCCGCACGCUACGGCAUUGGUGAACAUAGCGACAUGAUGCUAGACGGCGAAACCCCUAUCGGAGCAAUGAACGGCAGUGGUAGCGAAGUGUCAGGCAUCCAUGAAGUCAGCACCAAAGAAGUACCACCACAACCGUACCCAGUUGACAAUGAGAAAGUCGCUCCCGAUUCAUAG